CCCGCGGCGCUGGAGGCGGCCCUGAAGGCGCGGGGGCUGAGCGGCGGCGACCUGUCGGUGAGCUCGGACUCGGAUAGCUCCCAGGCCAGCUCCAACGCCGGGAACCAGCCCAUGCUGUGGCCCGCCUGGGUGUACUGCACGCGGUACUCGGACCGGCCCUCCUCAGGUCCCCGCUCCCGCAAACCAAAGAAGAAGAACCCCAACAAGGAGGACAAGCGGCCUCGCACCGCCUUCACCGCCGAGCAGCUGCAGAGACUCAAGGCCGAGUUCCAGACGAACCGGUACCUGACGGAGCAGCGGCGGCAGAGCCUGGCCCAGGAGCUGGGGCUCAACGAGUCCCAGAUCAAAAUCUGGUUCCAGAACAAGCGAGCCAAGAUCAAGAAGGCGACGGGCAGUAAGAACUCCCUGGCAGUGCACCUCAUGGCCCAGGGGCUCUACAACCACUCCACCACGGCGAAAGACGGCUGAAGGAGAGGACGAACGCCAGCCGGCACCGAGCCCCUCUCGGGCACUCCUCCUCCCGCUCAAAAGGAGCUGAAAACGGAAAGGAAAAUCUCUUUAAUCUCGCGUACUGUCAACAGGUUUCACCUUUUCAAGACUUUAAAUACCCGGUGGUGUGAUGCUCUGACAGGCUGCGUUUGGAAAACCUCUGCUAGGAAAACACGUAACCCCGGAGCUCGGGAAGAGGGGAUGGAAUAUUGCCGAUGCCACGCCACGAAACCAGGCACCCUGUAAAAUACUUGGCAGCCCCGGGAAAUGACAGUACCACGAUUUUAGGACAGGCUGGACAAAAAUAAAACGAUCACCCGCCUUGCUGCGACAAAGGGCACAAGAGCUCCGAAAUAGCUUUCCGCAGGCAGGAGAGGGAGGAAGGGCAGAGCCUCACUCACCCUCAGGGUCGCUCCUGCUGCAGGGGACUCGCUCCCAGACAAAACCAAGGCGAAUGGGGGGGGCGAGGGGGAAGUGUAUUUAAAAUUUUAUUUUGUACUUUAUUUUUCUCAAGCUGCUACUUUGGGAUAUAUUUCUGCAAGGGGAAAAAUUCUCCAGGAGCGGAGCUGCCGCUGGGACAGUGCACCAAGGGCUUCACCUGCCCGGAGGACCUGGGGCAGGGCUGAGUGCGGGAUGUUACCAGGAUACUGUGGGCUUCUUGCUUUAUUUCCCCAGCCUCUUUGGUUUGCGUGCUUUUGAGAUAUAUAUAUAUAUAUUUCUUUUUUGUUACCUCCAUUAAUGGAGGCAGGUGAUUUAUAAUCCCUCGGGAGAAAAUCGAUGGCAGUGGCCGCUCAAGAAGAGUUUUAAAUCUGGUUUGAAAAAUAGCUUCCGUUGUCUGACCGUACAAAAUGGCACCGUGGGUGUUACACGAGGGCAGCUAAGUCCCACGGAGAUAUUAUUUGUAAUUUUUUUUAGGAAGUCACUAGACCUGCAGUGGGGGAAAAAUUGGCCCUGCUCCUAAGAGUGCAGGCAGAAGUGGAGUUUCCACCUGUCCUCACCCAGCCUGGUAAGAAAAGCUGGGAACAGAAAACAGAUGUGUGACACCAGCAGGAAUAUGUAGUUUUGGGUUAAAAAAAAAUUUAGUAGUGCCACUUCUCCAGGCUUGUCCAGUCUGUGGAGCAAGUACACACACUAUCUCGCUGCUGCUUGGAUUUUAUCCAGCCCAGAACACAGAAUAUUUGCCAUUGGUAAGCAGUGCCUUCAGUGGGAGCAGCGAGUUCCUCACACGGGCCGUACUUGUCACCUGCCUCCGAUAUUUUGGGGAGUGCUUGCACGUGGAGAGGCGCAGGUUCGGAGGGAUUCUCUCCGCUGCUGCCUUCGCCAUCCUUGGAGCGGCUGCUGCUUCCCGUGCUCCGUCCGGACCGCGCUCCCACGCCCGGGCAGCGGCUCCCCGCUGGCUCGGCAAGGACC